GUGCACGCUUAUCAGCACGAAGCUGCCGUACUAGAUGUAUGCUGGAUCAGUGAGAAGCUUGCUGCCAGCGCUGCGCUAGACAGAAGAGUUAGGCUACUGGACACUCACACCGGGCAGAGCAACAUCAUCGGCAAGCAUACAAAUGCCGUCAACACCAUCAGAUACUGCCCAGAUACGAAGCUCUUGAUAACCACGUCAUGGGAUCAGACGCUGCAAUUGUGGUCUGUGGAAGAGGGACCAAGCAGCGCUCCUCGAUCACUGCAUAUUAUUGAGCUUCCUGCAAAGCCUCUAGCGGUGGACAUCUCCACAGCGCCUGCAUCAGAAGCGUCUACAUCAUCAGAUUUCGUGCCGCGACUAGUCGUUGCCAUGACCACUCGCAGGGUGCAUGUGUACGAGACCAGGAAGCUCAGAGCAGCUUGCGAUAGGCAUGCCACAAAGGAAGACGAAGCUUGGAAGCCUGCACAAGUCCGAGACAGCAGUCUGAAGUUCAUGACUCGAGAUCUGAAAUGCAUGCCGGAUGGCACAGGCUUCGCGGCGUCGUCGAUCGAGGGUCGUAUCGCAGUAGAGUUCUUCGAGGAUGACGGAUCGAAGAAGUAUGCGUUCAAGUGCCAUCGACAGGUGGUAGACGGCGUCGACACAGUCUACCCUGUCAAUGCGAUGUGCUUUCACCCAACACACGGCACUUUUGCCUCCUUGGGAGGCGACGCCUUUGCAGCUGUUUGGGACGCAGCUGCACGAAAGCGGCGCAUGCUAUACCAACGCUUUCCAUCUCCACUCAGUGCGGGCGCCGUCUCAGGAGAUGGCCUUCUCUUCGCAGUCGCGAGCGGGACAGAGAACAUCGAAGAUGCGCAGCAUGGCGGAGAGGUAGGAGGAAUCGGCAAGGGGGGCGAAGGAAAUGUCCGGAUACAUAUACAUUCAGCUGUGGAGGACUUCAAGGUGAGACAGUUGCAUUUCGAUCCCUGUUGA